UGUUUCUCUUUCGCACUCAAUAUAUUUAUACACUAACCUUCCUCGUUAUUUCCUCCCAAGAACAUCUCAAACACUUCUAUUCUUCAUUCAUUCAAAUAUUUUGACCAACACACACACAUAUAAUAAUUUGUCCUCAUAAACCCUAAACCCUACCUAGUUCCAACAACUCUCUAGUUCCAAAUCCAAGAAAAAGAGGAUAGUUUCAUAAGCAAUGGCCAAAGUUGGGAAGCUGACAAAGCUCAAGUCGGCCAUAAAGAAAUGGCCUUCCUUCGCCAAGAACCACCACCACUCAUCCUCCUCCGCCGCUGUAUCCGACGAGCUCUCAGAGGACAACAAUCUCCAUGUUGUUUAUGUUGGUCAGACUCGAAGACCUUACAUGCUUAGACCAGACAUCAUCUCUCACCCACUUUUUCAAGAACUGGUGGAUCGGUCUUCUAGAUCCGUGGAACAUGAUCGUGAGAUUGUUGUAGCUUGUGAAGUUGUUUUGUUCGAGCACUUGUUGUGGAUGCUCAAGACUGGUCAAGAAGGAGGAUCCGUUGAAGAAUUGGCUGAGUUCUAUACUUAUUAACAUCGACCGAUUGAUUUAUAAACAUUUGCUUCGUAUAAUAUAUACUUCCAAUGUUGUUAUUUUUGUUGUUGCUGCUGAUUUGUGUUUUGAUUCGAUGCGGUGUGUGAUCAAAAACGUGAUCUCGUAAACCAUGUCAUUUGCUUCUGCUUUUUUUUUUGUUAUCGAGCAAUUUUAUGAUGAUGAGCAUAUGUAGCUUCUUACUUUGUUACGACCAACAAAUAAUUAUAUUCCCCUUUAUAUUCC